AUGGCCGGGGGCAACCUGACGGCCGUGACGGAAUUCAUCCUCCUGGGCUUCUCCUUGCGGACUGGGUUGCGGGUACCGCUGUUCCUGCUGCUCCUGGCCAUCUACUUGGCCACCCUGACUGGAAACUCGCUCAUCAUCCUGGUCACCACCAUCGAUGCCGCUCUGCGGAGUCCCAUGUACUUCUUCCUACGCAACCUGUCCUUCCUGGAGAUCGGCUUCAACCUGGUCAUCGUCCCCAAGAUGCUGCAGACGCUGCUGGUCCAGGAUCAGGUCAUCUCCUUCCACGGUUGUGCCGCCCAGAUGUACUUCUUCUUCUUCUUCGGGGCUGCCGAGUGCUGCCUUCUGGCGGCCAUGGCGCUGGACCGCUACGUGGCCAUCUGUGACCCCCUGCGCUACCCAGCCGUCAUGGCGCGGGGGCCCUGCGCCCGGCUGGCGGCCGCCUCCUGGCUGGCCGGGCUCCCCGUGGCCACCGUGCAGACCUCGUGGAUCUUCAGCUUCCCAUUCUGCGGACCCAACCGCGUGGACCACUUCUUCUGCGACAGCCCGCCCGUGCUGAAGCUCGCCUGCGCUGACACCUCCCUGUUUGAGCUGGAGGCGCUGACGGCCACCGUGCUGUUCAUCCUCUUUCCCUUCGUCCUCAUCCUGGGCUCCUACAUCCGUAUCAUCGCCGCCGUCGUCCGCUCGCGGUCCGAGCGGCACCGGGCCGUCUCCACCUGCUCCUCCCAUCUCCUCGUCGUCUCGCUCUUCUACAGCACGGCCAUCCUGACCUACUCGCGGCCCCGGGCCGACGCCUCCCCCGGGAGCCGGAAGCUGCUGUCCCUGUCCUACACGGUGGUGACCCCAGUGCUGAACCCCAUCAUCUACAGCCUGCGCAACGGCGAGGUGAAGGCCGCGGUCUUCAGGGCGCUCCGCCGCGCCCGCAAAUGGGGACGGAUUUGGGACUAG